AUGUCGGACGAGCUGCCGGUCCCCGCCAUCAAUGGCGGCCCCGACCUCGUUUCCGAACCCUCUGCGGGCUACCGAGACGAGCCUUUCUCGUGGCUUCAACCCCACCCGAUCUUCAUCAUUGUGCUCGUUGGCCCUGAGGAGAAGCCCUUCGGCAUCCAGAAGGACUUUUUGUGCGCCAGAUCAACAUACUACCGUGACUACUUUAAGCAGCUGGAGAGGACGACUUCAGACACCGUCGAGCACAUCGUGAAGCUGCCUCAAACUACGGCCGAAGUGUUUGGCUUGACGCAGCUCUUUCUGUUCACAGGACAGGUCUCGGAAGAGGUCGACACGUUCCCUUCAUACGAGGCGCUUAUUGGGGUCUGGAAGCUGGGGCAUAAGCUCGGUAUUGACGGCCUAUGCGACAAGACUCUCGAGGCAAUGAAGGAGUGCAGACGGAUUACUCGGCAGAUUCCCGCCACUCCCCUUCUCGUGCAAGUAUGGAGAGACACCCCGGAGGGCUCAACCAUCCGCAAGCUCCUACUUUCUUGGGCAGCCGAGUACAUGCGGUCGUCCGAUGCUAGAGCUGAGUUCGCUAAGUCGCUUCCUCAAGAGGUUCUGAGCGAGUUGGUCGUGACCAUGAGCUCUCUCGAGAACCAACCUUCCCCGCCGGCAGCUCCGGCUGAUACAGUCUCCGCUGAGCCGACCCCUCGGAAGAGUGUGCACUAUCUCGAGGAGGAUAGUAGUGAGGAGCGAGAGCACCUCUCCAAGAAGAACCGACGCGCUUCCGCGCCGUUGCCGGCUUCGCAAAACAACAACUCCAAGUCCAUUACCCGCGCCCUGCCUCCACCCGUCCGCAAGGCUGCGGCUGUGGCUGCUGCUGCGGCUGCUACGGCACCGCGCCCGAAGCCUGUGGUCCAGAAGCGUCGCAGCAUCGUUCCGGUAUCGGAUGGUGAGAUCACCACUGAAAAGAAGGUUGAGUUUUGUGCGGAUCUUCUUGACAGGAUGCUUUCAGGGCCCGGCUUCUGGACCAGACUGGUGGGCCCUUUCAAGGAGCCUGUCGACCCCGUUGAGGACGGAGUUCCCGACUACUUCAAUAAGGUCAAGAAGCCCAUGGACCUCAACACUGUCAAGGCCAAGAUGUCGCGCCACGAGUACCGGACCGAGGACGAGUUCGCCUCCGACGUGCGCCAGAUCUUCGAAAACUGCUACACGUAUUGGACCAAAGGGGAUCCCAUGUGGGCUGCCUGUGAGAAGUUUCAGAAAACAUUUGAGGAGAAGUAUGCCCAAAUGCACAAGAACAUCUCCAAGAUGAUGCGUGAGCCGGUCGACUGA